GAAGUUUCUACUUAGGAAUUGGAAGAACACUGUGAUCAAUGGAGAUGGAGGUGGAACUUUCUUCAGCUCAAAGGCGCAUCAAGGGUGGCCUCGUCACCAUGCCUUUCAUCAUAGCAAAUGAAGCACUUGCAAGGGUGGCUACGUUGGGGCUUUUGCCCAACAUGGUAUUGUAUUUGAUGGGUAACUACAAUCUUCAUUUGGCAAAAGCUACCCACAUACUCCUUUUAUCAGUUGCUACCACCAAUUUCACUCCUCUUCCUGGUGCUUUCAUUGCUGAUUCUUAUCUGGGUCGGUUCCUCUCUGUUGGUUUAGGUUCCAUCAUCACUUUCCUGGGAAUGGUGCUCUUGUGGUUGACAGCGAUGAUCCCACAGGCGCGGCCUCCUCCUUGCAAUCCUGCAACUGAAAGAUGUAAAUCAGCAACAACUGGGCAAAUGGCAUUGUUAAUCUCUUCCCUUGCUCUCAUGUCAAUUGGAAAUGGUGGCCUUUCAUGCUCCUUGGCAUUUGGUGCAGAUCAGUUGAAUAGAAAAGAUAACCCCAAUAACCAGAGGGCCUUAGAGAUGUUCUUCAGCUGGUAUUAUGCUUCCUCAGCUAUUUCUGUCAUAAUUGCCUUUACGGGAAUAGUAUAUAUCCAAGAUCAUCUUGGAUGGAAACUGGGUUUUGGAGUUCCGGCAGCACUUAUGUUCUUAUCCACUUUCUUCUUCUUCCUUGCUUCUCCUAUUUAUGUGAAGAAUCAAACACAUGGCAGCUUGCUUACUAGCUUUGCGCGAGUAAUUGUUGUGGCCUAUAAGAACAGAAAACUACGAUUACCACUUAAGAACUCAGCUGGAAUGUAUCAUCUUAAGAAGGACUCUGAUCUUGUUGUUCCAACUGAUAAGCUAAGGUUUCUGAAUAAAGCUUGCUUUAUUAAAGACCCUGAAAAAGAUAUAGCUCCUGAUGGGACAGCCUCAAAUCCGCGGAGUCUCUGCACAAUAGACCAGGUGGAAGAACUAAAAGCCAUUAUUAAAGUCAUUCCCUUGUGGUCUUCAGGGAUCAUGAUGUCACUUAACAUUGGAGGCUCAUUUGGAUUGCUGCAAGCUAAAUCCCUGAAUAGACAUAUAACUCCAAACUUCGAAGUUCCAGCAGGUUCUUUGAGCGUAAUCAUGAUAUUUACAAUAUUUUUAUGGAUAGCUCUUUAUGAUCGAGUCAUAAUUCCUCUAGCAUCAAAGCUCAGAGGCAAACCAGUUAGGAUCAGUGCCAAGAGAAGAAUGGGAAUUGGUUUGUUUUUCUCCUUUCUUCACUUGGUAACUGCAGCAAUGGUUGAGACAACAAGGCGAAGAAGAGCAAUCAGGGAGGGAUAUAUUAAUAAUACUCAUGCAGUGUUGAAUAUGUCUGCUAUGUGGCUUUUUCCUCAACUUUGCUUGGGUGGCAUAGCUGAAGCAUUCAAUGUAAUAGGCCAAAAUGAGUUCUAUUACACUGAGUUUCCUAAGUCUAUGUCGAGCAUUGCUUCAUCCCUUUUUGGACUGGGAAUGGCUGUAGGAUACGUGGUAUCUUCUUUGGUAUUCAAAAUUGUAGAAAACGUUACUUCAAGAGGGGGAAAGGAUGGAUGGGUUUCAGAUAAUAUUAACAAGGGUCGUUUUGACAAGUACUACUGGCUUCUUGCCACACUGAGUGCUGUUAAUAUACUGUAUUAUCUAGUAUGCAGUUGGGCUUAUGGACCUACUUCUGAUCAAGAAUCAAAGAUGACUGAAGAAAAUGGUUCAAAUGAGGAAGAAUUACCAUUAAUUGAAUUGGAGACUGAGGGUGUGUACGACAAGACCAUUGUACCCUCUAAAAAGGCGGAUGAUGUGGGUUUGUGGUGGAUCAUUGCAUGGUGGAUCGGUGAAGGGAGGAUGAUGUGGGUUUGUGGUGGCUGUUAAUGGAGUUAUUUUAUUGCUGCAUCACCGGAACUCUGGGGAAGCGUUGGGUGGUGGCGGGGCUAGCACUACAAGAAAAUGGGGAUAUAGAGGCGGUGUCUUGGUGGCUAUUUUAGAAACCGAUCGUAAACUACUUGAAGCACUGGAAGUGGAGAUAUUGAUACCUCAAAGGUGGUGAAGGUUGAUGCUGAUGGUUGUAUUUCUGGGGCAUCAGUAACUAAGGUAAACCCUUGGAUCCAAUGCAACGUCAAGCUUUGGAUGAAAGGCUUAACAAUACGGGAUUUAUGCCCCUACCUCUGACCUCUGCUAGAAUCUCAUAAUCGAGCACAUCGAAAGCUCCUUCUCGACCUUAUUAUCUGCAGAAUGGCAACUCAAUUGCAAGGCAGACUGGAGGUACCAUUGCUUCCCCAACAAAAUCAUUGGUGUCCAAGAUCAUGGAUUUGAUGUUUGGAGUCUAGCUGAGCUAUUCCAGUGAAUCAAACUAUAUCAUUCUGUUUUAUUGUAAGCAACGAAUUUACUCUUUCAGCUACCCAUACACUCUGAAGAGUUGCAGCAUGUCUUGUUCAUUUUGAGUUGGAAUGUUUACUCUUUGGAUCACAGUUGACAGAAUUAAUAGCAUCUUAACAUGUCAAUCUUAUGGAUGACUAUUGAUCAUAUGUUUUGAGAAAUGAAAGCAUAAUAUAUAAUAUUGGUUGAUAAAUUUUUAUGUAAAUUUGACUAUU